AUGCCAAUGAACACUCAUGUACUGCUUGUCACUGAAACCUGGCUAACCUCUGGUUCUUUCCCUACUAACUGGUCUCAAUUCCACCUCUAUGGCUCUAAAGUACCUGGUGCAUUUAACCGUGGUUCUGGUGGCAUUACUGCCUUUGUCUCUCCUUCCUGUCCUUUCUCUGUCUCUCAACUUCCGUCUUACAAUGCACAUACUUUGUCCCUUAAGGUUGGCACCCUUACGGUUCAUUGUGUGUAUCUGCCUCCACCCUUAUCUUCGGAUAAGGUGCUCUCGCUUCUUCGCUCGUUACCCGUAACCAGUGAUACCAUCCUUUGUGGUGAUUUCAAUGCUCGCUUUGGAUCUCUACUGGGUGAUACUAAUGCUAAUCCUCGUGGUACCUCACUACUGCCAUGGCUGGAGGAGUCCUCUUUUUCCAUUCUCAAUGAGUCUUUAGCAUUUGGUACACCCACAUUCACAACUUUUCGACGUCAACAAGAGGUUCAUAGCAUCAUUGAUCUGUUUCUUACAAACAUUGGCGAGGCUGCUCUGUUACAUCCUCAACUGGUGGUUGAAUCUGAUCUGUCUCUUGGCUCUGAUCAUCGGCUGAUGGUACUUACUUUCGAACGGCAAUGGAAGCUCUCGAAAUUGAGGAAAAAGCGGCCUUUGGGCUUGCUUCGUGAAUCCUUUCGAACUUCUGUUGCUCCUUUGGUUGGUUCUCUCUCUGGUUUGGUGUCUGCUCCCCCUGGUGUUUGUCCAGAUAUUGAUGCAAUCAACGAUUCUUUGAAUCAAUGUUUGUAUGAAUCUCUGGAUAGCUCAAUUGGUGUGAAAUCUGGUCGUCCUGGCCACUGGAAAAAGUACUGGACACAGGAAAUUGAGGAUGCUGCUCGUGAAAGAGAUACUAUGCGUUUUCGUUCUCUUGUACAAGCUGCUAAGCGUCGAUCGUGGAAUCAGUUUUGCUCUGAUUUGGAAAAGGAUUUUUCGAAAGCUACUGCUGCAAUCAAGCGCAUUAAAAGAAACAAGGAAUGCUCUGCAACGUACAGUCAUCCAGACGGUCCAACUGCCUCUGUCAACACAAAUGGGCGUCCCAUCUUGCCUCUGUCUAUGAUGGCUCCCUGUUGA